GAGUCCGCGGCGUUUGGCAUAACCAGAUUUCCUGCGCUCAGAAGCGCGCCCAGCCCAGCGAUCCAGGGCACCUGCGCGGUGCGCUCCAGGCUCGUUCGGCUCUCGGUGAUCGUCAGUGUUAGCAGCGGCAGAACAAUUCCCGCGCGACCAUGCAGGAUCCUAAUGCAGACACAGAGUGGAAUGACAUCUUACGUAAAAAGGGCAUCCUUCCUCCAAAGGAAAAGUUGAAAGAGCAAGAACAGGCAGAAGAGGAGAGGGAGCUGCAGAUCCUUCAGCAAAAAUCAGUUGUGAAAACCUAUGAAGACAUGACUCUGGAAGAACUUGAAGAAAAUGAAGAUGAAUUCAAUGAGGAAGAUGAACGUGCUAUAGAAAUGUACAGACAGCAAAGGAUAGCUGAAUGGAAAGCAUCUCAAGCAAAGAAUAAAUUUGGACAAGUAUUAGAGAUUUCGGGACAGGAUUAUGUCCAAGAAAUUACCAAAGCUGGCAAGGAUAUAUGGGUGAUAUUGCACCUUUACAAGCAAGGCAUUCCCCUCUGUGCCUUGAUAAACCAACAUUUAAAUGCACUUUCCAAGAAAUUUCCAGAUGUCAAGUUUGUCAAAGCUAUUUCUACAACCUGCAUACCCAACUACCCUGAUAGAAACCUUCCCACCAUCUUCAUCUACCUUGAAGGAGACAUCAGGGCCCAGUUUAUUGGACCACUGGUGUUCGGAGGCAUGAACCUUACAAAAGAUGAAUUGGAGUGGAAGAUUUCUGAGUCUGGUGCCAUCAAGACAGACUUGGAGGAGAACCCUAAGAAGCAGAUACAGGACCACCUGAUGACUUCAAUCAAGUGCUCUGUUCCAACAAGGAGAGAAGAAAGUGACUCAGAUGAUGAUUAAGGCAUCCUGUACGCUCCACCUUUAUGUCCAAUUAUACAGAAGUUGGUGCUGACUAAAUUCAGUCGGACUUGAUGAAUUCACUGGAACUUUCGUCCAUUUAAGAGUGUAUAAGACUGGAGUCUAGUAACUACCACUGGUACGUAUCCCUUCUGGUGGAUUUUUCUUCCUAAAGGAAAUUAUGGCUGUAAAUAAGCUUGCAGAGGGCUAUACUGGAGAGAAUUUAAACUGCUUCCAGACAAAUCCCAGUUCAAUUACCACUGUGGUGAAUUAAAACCAACACUACUUUGACUCUCAUGGAAUUCACAUGCCUCCUAAUCAGAGAUCCUCUCUCUUCUGCACCACAGUCAUUUGAACCACUAUAGUGCACAGCCAUUAAGCCUCUACCAAUGGUUAAGAACUGCUGCCAAAAAGAUGGUGAUGCAAGACUUGAUUCUUAAAUAAACACAUGAUGAACUUUUAAAGAAUUACAUUGUGCUGAAUACUCUGAUUACUUUAUUUGGCAACAUCCAGAAGCAGUAGCUUAAUACUGCUGUCAAGGCCUCGAAUUAUAGUGGUGGUACUUCUAAAAUGUAUUUUGAAAUCUGCAAGGCAUACAGAGUUAUUGAAUGUCUAAAGGAGAUGCAGCAUGCUUUAAUGUUGACAUUGUUACCUGACAAUGUUUUUAAAUAGUUUCCCCCUUUAUAUUUUUGCUUUUGCAUUGCUUUAUGGCUUUGCUUUUCUCUUUCCCUUACUCUGCAUGAAACAAUGCAAUUCAGUCUUGAAUUGUGAGUAGCUAACCUAAUGACAACCAUGAUAAUGUUUCAAGUUGUUCAUAAAAGUAAUAAAAAUCAUGGAACACAAAGCAAUGAUUUUUCAACUUUAUGGACUUUUUACUGAGUAAUAGUUUUUUUAUUACAAUAUUGCCUGUUACGAUUUUGCUGUUUCAAAUAGGAAAAGAGAGAUGUUGCAAUAUUGCUCCAGAUGUAAAACAAAGUGCACCUGGAAAGGUAGCACCUAAGGAAGAAGUCUGAGCUCCUUCAUCUUAAUAAGCUAGUCUUUCAUGUGCAGGAAGUGGUGUUUGUAUGUAUGUGUUUUGUAAAUACAUCAAGAUGCAUUCAAACGCCUGAACCACCUGAAGUCUGAAGUGGUAUAGUUCAAAAUGGACUCUAAAGUUUUCUACAGUUUUGCACUUACCUGAACUCCAAAGGUGAACUUGUUCUUUUCAUGCCAAAUUUCAAAAAGUGUUCAGUUUAGACUGUACAAUAUAUUGAUGCAUGUUGAAAUAACUCUAUUCAUCUGAAAUAUAAAUGGAAACAGAUUGGGAAAGGACCGAACCAGCACUUCCAUAUUUAUUGCCCUGGAACUUGUGUACUAUUCAGAAAUUUGUGACAUCUUUUUGUAACUUAAACUUGGGUACUUUUUGUAUGCCAUCAGAUUUCAAAAUGCUUUAGGGAAACUUAUUUUUAAUUUGUUGGGAAAGGGUUUGGUAUGCAAAUAUCUGAUAAUAUACAUUUGAAGGCAGUCUAACCCUUUUCAUAUUCACAAGAAUAAAGGGUUUUUAACAUCAAAA